UUAUGAAAUUGAUUAAUCGGUCUUUACGCGUAAGAAAAGGAACUACGAUGAAACGUUAACUGUUUAUAAUGAUGAAAAAAAUUUUAAUUGAAAAAAAAAACAAGAAAGAAAGAGAGAGAGAGAUAGAAAAUCAUGAUGAUUCUCUGAUUCUUGGUAUAUCGAGGUUAUUAAAAAAAAAAAAGUGUGUGUUGUAAUUUUGCUGCUGCAAUAGCCCACCCACCAUAGUGUUCAACCUAGCUACGAAAUAAUCGAGAUAGAAAAAUAAUGAAAUCAACAAAUGAGAAAAGAUUAUCGAUGAUGAUUCGUAUUGCAAAAGAAGUAAAAGGUCGCAGGAACGACGUCGUAUUCGGUGGAUUUGGAAAUUAGACGUUUAAGUGUCAUAUGCUAGAAAAGAUUAUCAUGUACCGACCAAAUUUUUACGAGAGUACGUGCCUGAGAUGCGCCCAGACGGUUUAUCAAGUCGACAGGGUCGGCCCUUUGAAAGAUUUCACGUUCUUCCAUUCUGGUUGUUUCAAGUGUGCGAUCUGUGGUACUAAGUUAACCCUGAAGACUUAUUAUAACAAUCAGCACACGAUAAACGACAAGGAGGUUUAUUGUAGCAGUCACGUGCCAAAACCAGGACCAGGUACAUUGGAUGGUUCAAGUGUUGGUAUAAGAAGUGCUUUGAACGUACCGAGAAGUGGUUACGUCAACGAACAAAUCAGGGCUGGUGGUGCGUCACCGCGUGCUGCUUAUCCACCUUGUUACGAUAACGUAGACUCCCCUAAUUAUGGUAGGCACUUGAACGGACACGGUUCACCCCCAGCUACAAAUUCAUCGUCCCAAGGGAGAGAUUACCACGGGGGUGGUAGUGGUGGUGCAUCAUCACCGUAUAAUAGUCAUCAUCAACAGCAUCAUCACCAUAAUCAUCAUGCACAAGACGGAAGUUACCAGUAUGGUAGAUUCGAUGCUAGUGCGUUACACAUUGCGCAUGCUCUCAAACAAACGGAACUUCAAAAGGGUUAUAGCAAAGCUCGCGAGAAACCCAUCGAUUAUUAUCUGGAUCGAGAUGAGCAGACACGUUUGGAGAUGAAACAUCGCAAAGAGGAAGAUGAUUUGUACAGAAAGUUUGCACAUUAUCGAGAAGAGGAGGAUAGACGAAUCAGAGAAGAAUUCAGAGACGAAUGGGAGAAAGAGUUGGAACAAUUAUCAGCAAGAUGGGAACGAGAGAAGGGUGGUGGUAGAACGCGUACCCAACAAUUUCAACAGGAGAAGGAAGACUUGGAGAAAAACAUGACUCUUAGGAGAGACAAAAAGAAGGAAAGUCUCACGAGGAAAAUGUUGGAACACGAACGAGCUGCAACGGCAGCAUUGGUUGAGAAACAAAGUUCGGAAAUGUUGGAGUUAAUAAACGAGGCAAGAAGCGAAUAUAUGCUUCAAGAGAGUUUGUAUCUUGACGAGGGUGACGGUUAUACUCAAGAAGCACCACCCCCUUAUCCAUCACGAGCACCACCACCCCAACCACCGGCUUUAGCUAAGUAUCACAUUUACAACGAUCCCAUGGAAUUUGCGGAUAUGGACCAAAUUGCUAUCUCGGUUGCUCAAGAAGAUCAAAAGACGUUUACCGAUUUGGUACGUCAAUUGGUUAGCAGAUGUGGUUCAGAUAUCGAAAAGGCAAGAACGAUAUUUCGAUGGAUUACUGUUAAGAAUUUAAAUACCAUGCAAUUUGAUGAAAAUUUGAGGGGUGACACACCUAUGGGACUUUUGAGAGGAAUCAAACAUGGCACUGAGAGUUAUCAUGUUCUUUUUAAACGACUCUGCAGCUACGCUGGCUUGCACUGCGUGGUUAUCAAAGGGUACAGUAAAUCUGCCGGUUAUCAACCAGGUGUAUGUUUCGAAGACAACAGGUUUAGAAAUAGUUGGAACGCUGUUUACGUUGCUGGUGCGUGGAGAUUCGUUCAGUGCAAUUGGGGAGCUCGACAUCUUGUAAAUGCCAAAGAAGUUCCACGUCCUGGUCAACCAAAAGCUAAGAACGAUAGUCUAAGGUACGAGUACGACGAUCAUUAUUUUCUCACGGAUCCAAGAGAAUUCAUUUACGAAUUUUUCCCAUUACAAGAGGAUUGGCAAUUGCUGAAACAACCAAUCACAUUGAAAGAUUUCGAAGAAUUACCAUUCGUACGUUCGUUGUUCUUCAGAUAUGGCCUUUAUUUUCCGGAUACGAAUACAAAUGCCGUUAUGUAUACGGAUUCGACCGGUGCUGCGACCGUAAGAAUAGCGAUGCCCGCACACAUGCAAUCGUCCCUCAUUUUUCACUAUAAUCUCAAAUUUUACGAUAACGACGGCGAUGGAUAUGACGGGGUCUCUUUGAAACGUUUCGUCAUGCAGUCUGUCGUUGGUAACAUUGUUGCAUUUCGAGUGCACGCCCCAUGCUCGGGUGCAUUCCUCUUGGACAUAUUUGCAAACGCGGUCACGCCGAAGGAAUACUUGACGGGUGAACCAAUGAAGUUUAAGAGCGUGUGCAAAUUCAAAAUCGCUUGCGAGGAACUUCAAACGGUUAUGGUGCCACUUCCGGAUUGUGCCAGUGGUGAAUGGGGUCCUACCAAGGCUACCAGACUAUUUGGAUUGAUACCCAUUACUCAUCAGGAAGCUUUAGUAUUCGCAGGACGAGAAUUGGAAAUUCAAUUUCGCAUGUCGCGACCGUUGACCGAUUUCAUGGCAACCCUACACAAAAAUGGUAUAGAAGAAAAACGAUUGUCUAAGUUCGUGGCACAUUCCAUCGCUGACGACGAUGUUGUAACAUUUUCGAUAAGUUUCCCGGAAGAAGGUCAAUAUGGUUUAGAUAUUUACACGAGAGAAUCAACUGGACCUACUACAACUCAGCAUGACGUUACUGGUGAAAAACACUUGUUGACACACUGUUGCAAGUAUCUCAUCAAUUCGAGCAAACGUAAUUGAGAAGUGAAGAAAAAAGAAAAGAAAAAAAACCUGAAAAAUCUUUUUUUUCUUUUCUGGUAUGACCAAAA